AUGGAGCGUAUGGACUUACCUCCGGUCACUGACGAUUGGGCCGUUCAGGCUUUUACGCAAGGGAUCAACUCAAGAAGCUCGAUCACAUCUAUGGAGCUGAAGCAAAAUCUGGUAGAGUACCCAGCAAUCGCUUGGGAUGAUGUGCACAACAGGUAUCAAUCAAAGAUCAAGGUCGAGGAUGAUAAGAUUUUGAGAGCCGCAUCGGCAUCGUGGCGUCCCAGUAAAGGGAAUGAUCGAUCGAGGAGAACAACAGAUCGAGAACCGAGACCAUCAUACGACAGGUAUCAGCCUUAUCCGCCUGAUCGAAGGGCGACUAUAGCAGCAGUCGUUAUCCGUAACAGAGAAACAAGGCACCCAAGGCCAAUUCAAUUUGAUCUAGAAAAACGAGAUAAGAGUCUGAUUUGCAAAUACCAUCACACCCACGGCCAUCGCACCGAAGAUUGUCGACAGUUGAGAGAAGAGGUUGCCCGUCUAUUCAAUUUAGGUCACCUUCGAGAAUUUCUAAGUGAACGAGCCAAGACUCACUUCAAAAAUGUGGACGCCAACAAGCAAGAUAGACCGGAAGAGCCUCAGCAGGUGAUCCACAUGAUCAUGAGGGGAGGGGAUAUUCCCCAAGGGCCGAUAAUGAAGCGCAACAAAUUUUCCAUAACAAGAGAGAAGCGUAUUCGGAGUUACAACCCCGACGAUCCUAUCUCGUUCAAUGACGAGGACAUGGAAGGGAUCGUUCAGCCUCACAACGAUGCACUGGUAAUAUCUGUUCUUGUUAAUAAAUUUAGAGUUGAACGUGUGCUAAUUGAUCCAGGUAGCUCGGCUAAUAUCAUCCGAUGGAGAGUCAUCGAGCAGCUGGGACUACUAGACCAGAUCGUACCGGCAAUACGAGUCCUUAACGGAUUCAAGAUGGCUUGCGAAAUGACGAAGGGUGAGAUCACUUUUCUGAUCAACACAGCCGGAACCACGCAGCAGACUAAAUUUUAUGUGAUAAAGGGAGACAUGGGAUAUAAUGCAUUGUUAGGAAGAUUAUGGAUUCACCUCAUGAGAGUGAUCCCCUCAACUCUGCACCAAGCGUUGAAGUUCCUGACCUCAGAAGGGAUCGAAACCGUUCAUGACAUGACAAGUAUCCCACCAGGAGUAACAGCACACAAGUUGAGUCUAGACCCAAGUUUCCCUCCAAUCAAACAAAAGCGAAGGCCGCAACCUGAGGUCAAGAAUUCGUUCGUCAAAGAUGAGGUAUCUGAAUUCCUUAAAAUAGAAUCCAUUUGGGAGGUUAAAUACCCGGACUAG